AUGUCGGCGCCGCCCAGCCGACAUGGUCCGUCGACACCGCUCCACGAGCGCUCCAGCUCGCAGCAGAGCAACCGCAUCGGCAUCCGCAUCGUGCCCUACUCGCCGCCGCGCAUCGAUGAGGAGCGUGCCUCGAGCCAGGCCUCGUCCCGCGACAAUAAUGACCGCCGUGACAGCACUGCCAGCCAGUUCUAUGCCAGACGUCCAAGCACCAGAGAUGAGGUGAUUAUGGAAGAGGGCGCUGAGGGCAGUGCGCAGAGCCCAGGGUCCGCAUUGCCGUCACCCACAAAACCCGGUUUCUCGUCGGUACGAUCCCGGGAUGAUCGCGUUUCAGGAGUGAAACCCACGGGCGCGCAAAGCGCACAGUCCAGCCAGGCUACCCAGGCGAGCCCCUCCUCCUCAUCAGUGGGUCCGACCAUCCGCCACGUGAAGUCAUCGUCCGAAUCCUUGAUGGGCGUUGUCGGCCAGCGCACACCAUCAGCCUUGUCCCGUUGGUCCCGUUCGUCCAACCCGCCCUCGUCCCCGGGUUCCCCUGGCCCAGCCCAACUCGUGCGGCCCCCGUCCCGUCGCCGUAAUCUGCAGUUGGCCAUCCAUCCGGACGGCACCUUUUCCCUGGUGCGUGAUGGUCAGGACCCCUCUGCCCCAACCCUGAACCUGUCGCCCAGCGGCCGAUCUCCUCGCCUGUCAGGCACUUCCCGCGCCAGCACCCAGGAUUACGCCUGGAGCGAUCGCGCUCGCCGUGCCAGCACUCCCUUUACUACCGAGAGCACGGUCGCUCUGGAGAGCGUCUCCGAUCUACCUCGCUUCUCCGCCUGCUCUGCCGCUUCUUCCUCUACCCAGAUCGUCCCCGAAGAACCCCCGAAGAGCUCAUCUCCUUGGGGUUAUCGUCUGCUCAGCGGCCUGCGUCCGGCCCCGACAACGCCAGAGUUCAAGGGCAGGCAGCCCGUGUACGACGCGCCGCUGUCUUCAACGACUGAAUCCCUGCUUCCCACGCUCCCCGAGGCGGCUUCUUCCGUUGAGGAUAUUAACGAGAAGAAGAAGAAGAAGGAGGAGGAGGAGGACAAGCAGACGGCGCACGACGAGGAACGCUCUGUGGCACCAAAGAGCUCCUUCACCUCGGACUUCUCCAGCCACACCGUCCAGACCGUGUCCGAGAGGACAAACUACAAGGUCUACGGGCCCGGCUCGACCGCACAGGAGUCGAACGACAGCCUUGCUUUCAGCGCAGAAAGCGCGAAGAACUGGGAGGUCCUGGGCCCCUCGUCUCCCGCCAUCCCUCAGAUUCCGAGCAGCCCUCCCACAAUCCCGCGCGACGCCGGCAGCGACAACUACGUGCUGCACGGACCCCCGUCCAUCUCGGACACCUCGUCGCAAUCCCAGGCGACCGUUAUCCGCCGCAAGCCCCUCCCCGACUACUCUCAGGAGAGCCUGGUGGUCCCGCCGCUCCGGCCGAUCCGGAAGCGCUCGAGCGAACGCCUCGGCUACUACAGGCAGCGCUCUCGCGAGACCCUUCGCUCCCGGACCGGUUCUGUUCAGUCUUUGAGGAGCUUGUCGUCCAUCUUCACUACUCAGGAUCCCACACAGGCCUUGCUUGCUCUUGGGCCUGCUCCGUGGGCGCUGCCGCAACGGCCCGGCUCCAGCUAUAGGACCCCCAAAACUCCUACCGGCAGCCGCCCGUCAACCGGUAUGAUCGAGGGUGCGCCCCAUCAAUGGAGCUCCCAGCUGUCAACCGUCAUGUCCGAGAGUGAGCCGGCUAGCGAUCCUGCCAUGUCUCCCGUCCCGGGCGGCAGCAGCAGCAGCAGCAGCAGCCACGGCUACCAGCACCAUCGCCGUCGCAGCAGCGGCUGGGUCAGCUCCAUGCACAGCCGUGGCAUGCCCAGCAUCUCGUCCUCCAUGGUCGGCCAGCUCGAGGAGGCCGCUGCCGCCGUCGUUACCAGCGCCGGCACGGCUUCUGAUAUUCAGGGGCCGUUGCGCCCCCCUGCGCCGAUCCGCAUGGUGCAUGAACAGGACGAGCACGGAGACGGCUUGGCAGAGCUCAGCCACCGCCCCUCGAAGACCGGCCUGUCCAACCUCUUUCAGGGUGCUAGCCGUUACUUCCACUCUCCCUCCAACUCGCGGUCGCGUUCCCGCUCACGCUCGAACAGCGUCGCUUCCCGCGCCAACAGCUUUACGUCCAGCAUCCCUGCCUGGGCCCGUGUCUACUACGGCUCCGGUGAGCGUCGCUGGCUCGGCCACAAGCCGUCCUUCCUCAGCCUGGCCGACACCAGCGAAGACGGCAGCAGCCGUCCCCCGAGCGGCUACAUUCCCAACGGCAGCGAGUCCCCCGGCACCGACCAGUUCCCCCAGACCAUCUACAGCCCGCGCAAGCGCCCAAGGGAAAUCCGCCCCGGCCAACAAUCCCAAGUCCCCCAGACCCCCACCGGUCGGCCCACGAGCCAAGCCGCCGCCGCCUCCUCCACCUCCAUGGACGUCACCCCAGCUCCCCCGACCACCGUUAACAACAUGCUCGCCCCCCCCGAGAACCGCUUCCUCCGCACGCUCCGCGAAAAGACUUCGUCCAUCUGGUCCCCGCACCUGCUCCCUGACGCCCACGCCAAGCGCUACAGCGUCUGGGACCCGCCCAGCGUCGACUGGUCCGCCGACAAGGGCGGCUUGUUUGGCCGUCGCAACAUCCAGAUCGUCCUCUUCGCCCUUGGCUUCGUCUGUCCGCUGGCUUGGCUGUGCGCGGCUUUCUUGCCGCUGCCGCCUAACCCGCGGAUGACGUGGGGGGGCUCUGCGUCGACGGAUGAGGAGGCCGGUGUUGAUUUGGAUAAUGCGGGCAGGCCGAGUAAUGGUGGGAGGCCGAGUAAUGGCGGCAGUGUAGGGCGCGGAUAUCCUAUUAGGGAGUAUCAGAAGAUGGUGAUGGAGGAGAAGAAGUUUGAGAGUGCCCGGUGGUGGAGGGGACUUAACCGGGUUAUGACCGUCGUCGGGGUGGCGAUUAUUGUCGCCGUAAUUGUGCUUGCUGUUGUUGGGAGUCGGCAGCGCUGGGGGAGGUAA